AUGUCUGUCACAUACAGCUGUGACCCUGGACACUACCUGGUGGGAAACGCCGUUGUGUUUUGCAGAGCAUCUGGGAACUGGAGCCAGCCUGGCCCCCGCUGUGAAGAGGUGACAUGUCCUCAGCCACCAAACAUUGCCAACGGGCUGCACAGCGGACAGACCUUGGACAAGUUUUCCUGGGGAGCGACCGUGUACUACAGCUGCAAGGAUGGCUACGAGCUGGUCGGGAACGUGUCCAUCAAAUGCACUGAGAGUGGGGCAUGGAGCGGGCCCCGGCCCCGCUGCAAAGCAAUCGGAUGUAAGACACCCGAGGUGCAGAACGGGAAGGUCUACAAUCCUCAGGACACCUACAAAGCUGGAGAGACCCUUCAGUUUGACUGCGACGCUGGUUACACCACACAGGACAGCUACGAGAGUCGGUGCCAGCCGGGGGGGACCUGGGACCCGCCGGUGCUCAUCUGUGGGAGGGUCCGGCCAUGCCCCAUGCCUCCAAGGGUCCCCAGCGGAAAUCACAACGGCCAGGGGAAUGCAUUUUUUACCACGGGAAUGUCUGUCACGUACAGCUGUGACCCUGGACACUACCUGGUGGGAAACGCCGUUGUGUUUUGCAGAGCAUCCGGGAACUGGAGCCAGCCCGGCCCCCGCUGCGAAGGGAGAAAAUGCAGUCAUCCUGGUGAACCUGUGAAUGGGAAAAUUAGUUCCCUAACAGAUCUCCACUUUGGGUCAACAGUGCACUACAGCUGUGAAGAAGGGCACAGGUUAAUUGGCCAAGCCAGCCUACAGUGUGAGAUUUCUGGUGGACACGUUGCAUGGAGCGGUGAUGUUCCCACUUGUCAGCGUAUCCCCUGUGAGCCGCCUCCGGACAUUCCCAACGGGAAGCACACGGGCAGGCUGCUGGAUGAAUUUGUCUUCGGCACAUCCGUAGCAUACACCUGCGACCGUGGGUACCGUGGGUCCCCGCUCCACGGAGAGCCCUCCAUCCACUGCACCACCCGGGACGGGCAGAACGGCGUGUGGAGCGGGCCACCGCCGCGGUGCGGAGGUAGGGCUGUGCAGGCAAGAUGUCCCAUCCCGCAGGUCCAGAAUGGGAGAAUAGUCUCUCCUAGGACUGCCUACACACACAAGGACACUGCUGCCUUUGAGUGUGACCCAGGAUAUGUUCUACGCGGCCACAGCGUGGUCCAGUGCCAACUGAACAGCACCUGGGAGCCACCCGUGCCAGUCUGCGAGCAGGCUGGCUGCACUGCACCCACCAGGCUGGCGUUUGCGGGGCUGAAGGAGCCAAACAGCAACCAGAGCAUCUUUCCCGUGGGGAGCACGGUGGAAUACGUGUGCCGGCCGGGGUACACCCAGCACCCGGGGAUGCCAACGACCAUCACGUGCCUCGGGAAUAAGACAUGGUCUGUGGCACUGGAGUUCUGCAAAAGAAAACAAUGUGCUAACCCAGGGGAUGUGGAGAACGGCAGAGCUGUUGUCCUGACGGACCUCCUCUUCGGGUCCAAAGUGAAUUACACUUGUGACGAAGGGUACAAGCUGGUUGGAGGCUCCCAGAGAACAUGCGAGGUCUCUGGCACCAGUGUCUCGUGGAGUGGGGAUGCUCCUGUCUGCCAGCGUAUCACCUGCGAUCCACCUCUGGACAUCCCCCACGGCAGGCACAGCGGCCGCUCCACGGACACCUUCUCCUACGCGGAUGUUGUGACCUACACCUGUGAACCCGGGUACCCACUCCACGGAGAGCCCUCCAUCUUCUGCACCACGGCGGACGGGGAGCACGGUGGAGCGGGCUGCCGCCGCGCUGCGGAGGUGGGGGUCUGCGGGGUGUGGGCAUCCGUCCCCAGUGGUGACGAGGUGCAGUGUCCUCCCCCUCCCAGCAUCGCCAACGCGGAGCACAGUGGCCAGCCCUCGGACACGCACCUCCCGGGCUCUGCCGUGCAGUACAGCUGCAGGGACGGCUACUCCCUUGUCGGGAACACCUCCAUCACCUGCACCGCCGCGGGAACCUGGAGCCGUCCCCGGCCCCGCUGUGAAGCGAUCGGCUGCACAAGACCAGAGAUCGAGAAUGGAGGAACGACUGGGCUGGAAACUGUGUACAGACUCACAGACAUCGUUGUCUUUGAAUGCAAUUUUGGUUACGCCUUGAAGGGCUCUCAAGAGUCUCAGUGCCAGUUUGGGGGCACGUGGGACCCUCCUGUCCCCACCUGUGAAAAGAUGCUACAGUGUCCCUCCCCUCCAAAUAUCAAAAACGGCCAGCACGAGAGCAAGGAUGUGAAAGAGUUCAUCCCUGGAAUGUCAGUAAAGUACCACUGUGACCCGGGGUAUGUCCUCACCGGGAAAACAGCGGUUUCUUGUCUGACAUCUGGAACCUGGAGCAUCCCUUAUCCCCGGUGUGAAGUGAUCACCUGCACGAGCCCUGACAUCCACAAUGGAGAUGUGGCUGAAGGACAGCAAGCUGUGUACCACCCCGGGGCCAACGUCACCUUCCAGUGCCAGGUGCUGCCUUGUCCUCCACCUCCCGUCAUCGCCCACGCCACGCACAGUGCGGAGCUCAGGGUGAACUUCACCACCGGCAUGUCCGUCACCUACAGCUGCCAGCCCGGCUUCUCCCUCCUCGGAGACCCCUCUGUCUCCUGCACGGCCUCGGGGAACUGGAGCCUCCCGUACCCACGCUGCACAGCUGGCUGUGGGACACCAACAACGUUAUUGUUUGCUGAGCUAAACAAGGAGUAUAAAAAUCAGACCGAGUUUCCUGUUGGGAAGACUGUGAAAUACACUUGUCGGCCUGGAUACAUGAAACAUCCACAAAUAUCACCAACCCUUACAUGUCUUGAAAAUCAAACGUGGUCUGAAGCCCAGGAGUUCUGCAAACGGAAAAAGUGUGAUCACCCAGGAGAACCGGAGAACGGCAGACUCAUCGUUAUAACGGAUCUCUUCUUUGGGUCAACAGUGAACUACACCUGCGAUGAAGGCGCCGAUGCUAAAGCCACCUUGUAUGUCCCCACAGAGUCGCAGUGCUCUCGCCCUCCAGCCAUUGCCAAUGGAUCGCACAGCGGCCCCGACACAGUUGUCUUCACCAGCGGCAUGUCCGUGAGCUACGCCUGUGAUCCCGGCUAUGUUCUUGUUGGAGAGGCAGAGCUUAACUGUACUUCAUCCGGAGCCUGGAGCGUCCCUGCCCCUCGGUGUGAAGGGCGGCUGUGUCCCUCCCUGCCAGCGAUUGACCACGGCCAGCACGAUGGCGAGGAUGUGAAAGAAUUCAUCCCUGGGAGGUCUGUAAAUUACAGCUGUGACCCCGGCUAUUCGCUUAUUGGAAAACCAACCCUGUACUGUACAGUGAAUGGAACCUGGAGCAUCCCUUAUCCGCGGUGUGAAGAUGGCUGUGGAGCACCUCCAAACCUCACCUUUGCUGAGCUGACUGAGGAAUACAAAAAUCUGACGGAGUUUCCUGUUGGGGACACGGUGCAAUACAGCUGCCGGCCGGGAUACAUGAGACACCCCGGAGUACCCCCGACUCUGACAUGCCUCAAAAACCACACGUGGUCUGAAGCGCUAGCGUUCUGUGAAAGCACCGGCUGGUUGGACAGUCUCAUCGGCGAUGCGAGAUUUUCGGAGCAGAUGUUGCAUGGAGUGGUGUUCUUCCCAUCUGUCAGAGAGAUGAGCCAGGUUUGGGGAGAUGCUGUUAAGCUGCUGCACUGUUCCAAGCCUGCACAAAUCGCCCACGGGUCUCUCCAUGGUCCACCAAAAGCGUUUUUCACUCCUGGAUCAUCCGUAAACUACAUCUGUGAGCCCGGCUUCUCUCUCAUUGGGACGGGAUCCAUUCAUUGCACACAGUCUGGAGCCUGGAGCCAUCCUCCUCCUGUCUGUCAAGCUGUGAAGUGUCCCCAUCCUCCAAAAAUCACCAACGGGGAGCUCAAAGGCAACCUCUCUGACACUUUUUCCUACGGAGCAUCUGUAUCCUACAGCUGCAAUUCUGGCUAUUCACUCGUUGGAAGUGCUUUCAUCAACUGCACGGGGUCAGGAACCUGGAGCCAGCCCCCUCCUCAGUGCAGAGAGAUCAGAUGUGUAUUCCCAGAAGUUCAAGGUGUUAAGAAAACCAUAAAAGGAAACACUUAUAGCUCCGGGACUAACAUCACUCUUGAGUGUGAUGAUGGUUACACGCUGGAAGGCACCAGUCAGAUUCAGUGCCAGGAGGACUUCAGCUGGGACCCUCCUGUACCAGCCUGUAAACUGACAUCACACAAGUCUGGUUCAGUCACCCUAGGAGCCGCAGCUGCUGGGGUCCUGCUUCUCCUGGGGGCAGGCAUUGUCUGGAAAAUUAUUUCUAAGCAGAAGGAAGGCUAUUAUAAUACCUAUGAAAACUACAGUGGUCAAACCCCUCUGAACCAGAUAACAGAACAGAAACACUCAUGUCUUCCCUAG